AUAAUUGUGUCCAUUUAAAUGUAAAUAUUUCCAUAAAUAAGUCAUUUAAACAAAAAAACAUCUAACUACGUUAAACUUUCGAAACCUAUUUAAUAUUGUAGCAAACUUAUUGUAGUACAUUAAGCUAAAUACUAGCUUCACACGAGGGUAGAACAGCGGAACAAGCAGAAGACAAUGCAGUACUGCUAUUAUUCGAACGCACGCUUACAUUUACAAUACUAUUGUACUGUUCUACUUUUCUGCCUCUCUGUACCCUCAUGUGUAACUAGCAUAAAGGAAACAUAACCUUGUAAAAUUAUUCUUAUAGAUUAUUUACAAUGUAAGUAAGUGAAGCAGUAUUCUCGUGUGAGCCGCGUUCCAACUGAGUCGUAAAACGGCGUAGUGUUAUAAAAUUAUUUUAUUCCUUUAAUUUAAACACCAAGUGAUUAACAAUGCGGUUAAUUCUAGUAGUUUUAGUUACAAUACUAUGUACUUUGAAUUUUAGUGAAGCGUAUAAAUUGUUGAUUGUAUUUCCAAUUCCUGGAAAAAGUCAUUCUAUUCUAGGAAAUGCAUUCGUGAGACAUUUAUUAAAUGCAGGACAUCAGGUGACGUACAUAACUCCGAUUCCAAUGAAAGAUGUGAAUCCUGCAUUGCGGCAAAUUAACGUCGAAACGAACAAAAACUGUUUUGCAGCUGAAGAAGUACUCGACAUUCAAAAGUUAAUGAGGAAGGAAGUAGAUAUGAAGGACAUACCAACGGUGUUUACAAUGAUGUUUAAUAUUGCUAACGCUACAAUUCAACAUGAAAAUGUACAAAAGCUAAUUACCGAUCCCACAGAAAACUUCGAUGCAGUAAUCGCCGAAUGGAUGUACAGUGAAUUAUAUUCAGGGUUUUCUGCUGUUUUUAAUUGUCCACUCAUAUUCUUUUUAUCUGUGAGCCCUCAUAAUAUGGCGUUGUCGCUGAUAGAUCAAAUACCUAAUCCAGCUUACACCGCAGAUCAUAUUAAGUCCAACACAAUUCCUCCAUUUCCAUUCUGGACGCGGGUUCAAGAAUUGUUAACCCUUUUGAAUUGGAAAAUACAUAGGUGGUGGGUGAAUGAUCGGAAUGUUAAUUCUUACGAUAAAGCAUUCAAAUUAGCUGUGAUGAGAAGAGGGCGGACCCUGCCUCCUCUAGAGGAGAUGAAAUAUAACGCGUCUCUCAUAUUCGGAAACUCUCAUAUAUCUACUGCUGAUGGCACCCCUCUUCCGCGUAACCUAAUUGAAAUCGGUGGAUAUCAUAUUGACAGCAAAGUCGAACCAUUACCUGAGGAUUUAAAGAAGAUAUUGGAUGAUGCUAAAGAGGGAUUUAUAUUCUUUAGUAUGGGCUCCAUGCUUCAAAGCAGUAAAAUGCCCGAGACAAUAAAAUCAGGACUGCUAAAGAUAUUUGGUCAAUUGAAACAGAAAGUUAUUUGGAAAUUCGAAUUGUCGGUACCGGACAAGCCAAAUAAUAUUUUUAUGUUGGACUGGGCUCCGCAGCAGAGUAUUUUAGCUCAUCCGAAAUGCGUGCUUUUCAUUACUCAUGGUGGUCUUCUAUCCACGACUGAAGCGUUGCAUUACAGAGUUCCUAUCAUCGGUAUACCGAUGUUUGCUGAUCAGUUCAUCAACAUUAACAGAGCAGCCGCUAAGGGAAUCGGUAGGAGAGUCGAUUUAAAUUAUGACACUCCCAAAAACUUGAAACUUGCAAUUGAAGAAAUCCUUGGAAAUUCGAGUUACCGUGAUCGUGUCAAUGAACUCAGCUACGUAUACCACGACCGGGCGAUAUCACCAGGAGCUGAAAUAACUCGUUGGAUACAUCAUGUUAUAAAAACCAAAGGCGCACCACAUCUUCGUUCUCCAGCUCUUUUGGUUCCUUGGUACCAAAAGUUAUACCUCGAUCUUAUUUUUCUAAUAAUAAUAAGUAAUGCCAUAUUUUCUAUGACUAUCAUAAGAUUAAUAAGUUAUAUGAAACAUGAUAUAAAUUUAAGUAAAAAGCAAAGUUGAUUUUGUAAGUUAUUAUGUAACUCUAAAAGU